CGGCGCUGUGUCGUCAUGGCGGGGCUGCAGGGUCUAGUUCUUUCUGCUCCCCGGGGCUGGCUAUAUGGGGCGGCGGCGGCAGCGGCGCUGGGCGUCCUGCUCGGGGCCUGGCGCUGGGCUCGCGGGAGAACCGCGGGGCGCCGCCGUCGCCCGGGCCGGCUGCAGCGGGUGGGCACGGUGUGCAGCCUGUUCGUGUACCCCGUGAAGUCGUGCCAGGGGGUGGCGGUGCAGCGGGCGCAGGUGACGCCCAUGGGGCUGCAGUGCGGGGACAUACGGGACAGGUUUUGGCUUGUGGUCAGGGAGGACGGGCACAUGGUCACGGCUCGGCAGGAGCCGCGUCUCGUCCUCAUCUCUACCGGCUGUGAAAAUGGUUACCUGACCCUGAGCGCCGAGGGGAUGAAGAAGCUGAGUCUGCCCGUGAAGCUGCCCAGCAAGAACCCGGUGCGGAACUGCAGGGUGUUUGGAGCGGAUAUUCAAGGCAGGGACUGUGGUGAUGAAGUGGCUCAGUGGAUCACCACAUUCCUGAAUUCAGAGCCAUAUCGGCUGGUGCACUUUGAGCCUUCCAUGGUGCCACGAAAGUCAAAGGAUGUAAUAAACCUUUUCCGUGCCACUGACAAGGUUGCCUAUCAGGAUUGUAGCCCAGUGUUGAUGAUCUCAGAAGCUUCCCUGGAUGACUUAAAUACCAGAUUGGAGAAGAAAGUUAAGAUACAGAACUUCAGACCAAAUAUUUUUGUGUCAGAUUGCGGUGCUUUUGAGGAGGACAACUGGGAGGACAUUCUUAUUGGUGACGUGGAGAUGAAAGGGACUGUGUGCUGUGGAAGGUGUAUUUUAACAACUGUUAACCCAGACACUGGAGUCCUGGACAGGAAGGAGCCUCUGGAAACAUUGAAAAGUUACCGCCUGUGUGAUCCAUCAGAGCGACACAUAUACAAAUCCAGCCCUCUCCUUGGAAGAUUAUUUGCUGUUGACAAAAUUGGAACCAUUCAGGUUGGAGACCCUGUGUACAAGAUGAUCGAGUAAUGGCAAGCAUUUUUAUCAGAAGAUGACUUUUCACUUGGAUACAUAAGUUGCUUAUCUGUAAACACAGUCACUGAUGCAAAUUCAUACGUUUUUUCUUAUUCCUUGCAAUGUUUUCAAUGCUAUACUUCUUUGUAAGGUGAAGGGUUUCUUUUGAAGCUAUAAACUGUCAAUCAUUUUAGAUCUUAUUAUCAAACAGCGUGCGUGUAGCAACCAAGUCUUUAGUUUUCUGAAGGGUGUUGUAGAAGGAAGUCUAUGACAGGAUAAACUUCGCAGCACUACUGUGGGUAUCACACCUCCUGAAGUUUUAUGUGGAGCCUAGCAUCGGUAUCCAAACUAAUUUUCAAGGACUUUGCUUCAUGUAGUAGAUACAUUCAGUGCCUAUGAAGAACUUCUACCCUUAUCCGUUAUUCAUUUAGUUCUUACCUCCCUGCUCUAGACAAAUGCCAGGAAUUUGUGUGAAGCUGAUAACCGUACAAUCUUUUAUGUUUUAUACUGCACAGAACUGACAGGGAUGUGAUGCAGAGGGAAUGAACUCUGGAUGGUAUCAGUAAUUUUUUUUUUUUCUUUAAAUGUAACUUAGUCGUGAAAAUGAGAAAAUCCAGGUCAUUGUGAAAAAAUCCAAGCCUGUCAUCUUUUGAAUGCUUGGCUGUCCGAUGCUUUGUUAUGAAUUGCUAGAUCUGGAAGGGCUGUUGAACUAGCCAAAAAGAGGAGUAAUUAAAUAUGAAGGACAAGUAAUGAUUCAGUUUUGUGUUUGGAUUCUUUGUAUUCUGCUGUGAAUAUGAAACUGGAAUUUUGUUGCGUGUUCACAGCUCAGACCUCUAAGAUGAAGAACCCUCAUGCCUUUGAGUAAAUUCAAAUGAAUGUACCUGGCAAGCAUAUGGGGAAGGUAGUCUUCUGUUAUUUGUGAGCUCCGAAUUGCUCCAAGUAGCCUUUAUUGGCUGAGUGUUGCAUCAGUACUUGGUUUUCCUGUGAUGGACAAGUACUCAGCUAGGUCUGCACAUCAUGUAUUGGUACGUAGUUAUGCCUAACGCGGCAACUAGUAGGAGGAAGUGAUGGAGAAGUGUCUGCUUUUAAAUGCAGGAUAGUCCUGAGGAUCACUUUAAAAUAGUGUUUGUUAAAAAUCCUGAAUAUUAGAGGCUGAAGCGUAAUGGAAUUCCUGUUAGUGCUAUUAAGCAGAGGCUGCCUGCUGGCCUGCCAAAGCAAUUAGUGAAGUGUGUUUGUUCAUUAAGUCAAAGAAGUGGAAUGAACGAGCUGAAAUUUUGCCUUUGGCCAAGUGUACUUUUUUGUUGUUAUUUGAGCACCACUUUAGGAGUUACAUCACGCAUGGAGUGACAUAGAUUGUGUUUCAUUUUGUGCUGUCAUUGAUUAGACUAGUUUUCAAGUGAGAUAGUCUUCCCAAUGAAAAACUGCAUCUCUGUUCCUGUUAGGAAAAUGCUAUAGAUCUAAAAACCUGAUUUAUCCCUCUCAAAGCCCCUUAGAGAGUUUGGUUAGAAUGCUAAACUGAGUGUGCCCUGAGUAUUACAGAUUUGACAAAUGAUGUUUAAAUCUGUUAUGUGGGGAGCUGAAGAGGGUGACUAAUGAACGUUGUAAUAUAAAUAUGUUCUUGUAAAUGCUGAACUGCUGUAACUUUAGGAAUUGUAUUUGAAUUCACAAGAGCUGUUUUGGAAAUUGACUGCAAAACAUGAUGAUAUUUUUGUAAUUGUGCACUUUAAGAUGUUAAUGGUUUUUCUAACGAUAAAGAAAAGAGCUGUAGUACAAAAUUCUAUUGAAUCCUGACUGUUUUAAGGAUUAAAACUUGUUAAUCGUU